AUGUCUCUUGAUGGACCGGUAAGAGAGAGAGAGAGACAGCUCUUUAUAUACUUCGGGUUUCACCCACCAGACCGUUUGAUUCUGACGUUGAUGAACAGCAUGAUCGCCAUCACCCACGGACGACCCGCCAUGGUCUCGGAUCAGCUCGCAUCGAGUGUCGUGCUGCCUUCGAUACCAGACAUGGAUGCCAACACGGAGCACGGAGUGCAACUAGACGCCGUCUCGCUGCACAGGCUCCGCUACCAGGGCUUCUUUCACAAGUCGCUGGAGCUGUACGAAGUCAUCAACUACGCCGUCCUGGCCUUCUACUCGUCGACCUCGCCCCUGAAGUCGUCUACACACACCAACGGCGGCGCAGCAAACAGCAGCCAGCGUCUCUCUGAGCUGCCCGACUUGGACCUCGGCAAGGCCUUGCAGCUGGACCAGAGACUGACGAAGUGGGAAAAGAGCCUCCCCAGCUUCCUGACCAUGGCCGACGAGCCCGAGAACACUUUGGGGGAGGUGUUCCGGAGACAGGCCGUCAUUCUACGCAUCAGACUCCUCCACGCCCGCAUGCUUCUCCUCAGACCGAUGCUCGCCCGCUUCUGCCUCUCGCACCCGGCCGACCCGUCAUCGUCGUCGUCGUCCCAGCCGUGCCACGAGGACCUCUCGUCCCGCGUGACGCAGCAGUGCGCCAUGGCCUGCGUCGAGGCCGCCCAGAGCCUCAUCUCCUUCAUCGUCCGCUUCCAGCGCCACGACGGCUCCCUCGGCCUGCUCCCGGCCUGGUGGUACCGCGUCUUCUACAUCUACACCGCCGCGACCGUCCUCAUCGCCGCCCGGCUGCGGCCCGCCGUCUUCUCGGCGCUCGACAUCUCCCGCUCGUGGAACCAGGCCAUGGGCCUCCUGCACGACCACGAGGACCUCGGCCCGUCGCCGAGGAGGUGCGCCGCCGCGCUGCAGAUCCUCUCGAGCAAGAUGUUCCAGGACCAGCAGCAGCAACAACAGCAGCAGCAGCAUCAGCAGCAGAAUCAUCAGCAACAUCAUCAGCAUCAGAAUCAGAAUCAACAGCAGCACCAAUCGCAGUCUGUGGCGUCUCUCUUGGCCACGGACGCCAACUCGUCGGCGGUGCCGAACAUGGCUGGCGAACAGCAGCAGGAGACGUUCGACAUGCCGUUUCCGUACUUGGCGCAGGAUGCCGCCUUUGACUUGGACGCGAUAUCGUUCGAUGUCAACGACUUUUCGUGGCUCAACAGCAUGCCUGGGAGCUUAUAA